AUGGAGAACGUGGAGCCAGAAGAAAUCGCGAUCGAGAAAUUAAUCGAGCAUGGUCUUGAAGCUAAUGAUGUGAGAAUUCUACAAAAUGUUGGGAUCAACACAUUGAAUCAUUUGAUAAGGACUGAAACCAAGGAGUCCCUCAAAGGUUUAUCAGAGGCCAAAAUUGACAAAAUCUGUGAAGCAGCCGAGAAGAUAAUGAUUUUUCCCUUGACUAAGCAAUUCAUUGAGAUUGUGGAAGAGCUCCUUCAACGCACUAGAAAACUAUCAUUAGCUGAUGAUCGGUUUUCCGAAAUACUACAUGCCUACAGUGAGUUGUUUAACAGAUGCUUCACGUUGGAGGAAAUGUCAAUUUCAAUGCAGCAAAGGUUCAGCAUCCCAUAUACAACAGUGAAGCAAACUAUUGAAGAGUUGUUGAAGGGCAUGGAGGGUCAAAGGUGUUUUAUAUCUUACAUGAAGGACUCUCUCCUGCUUUCUCACUUCAGGAAUGCCAAAAAGAACCUGUUAACUACACAAGAAGACAUGGUGAAGAAGAUAGAAGCAAUGGAUAGCAAAAUCAAGCUUCUUGAUGAGUCAAUGAAAGCUUCUUGUUUCACAGAACGAGGCGCUGGAACAAAUUCAACAACAGGGAGAGCUUCUAGAGAAACUCAUCAAGCAUCAAGAACUUCAGAGAAUAUGAUUGAGGAGAACAUAAAGAAGGGAUUUAAAGAAGUCGGUCCAGCCAUUACUCGCACAGUAAUGGAGGACGUAGAAAAUCUUUUGACUUCUGGUUUCUCUGGUUUAACGGACAAGAUUAGUUCUACUAUCACUUCAGAGUUAUCUGGUGAACGCAUAACAAAUGAUAUAAAAGCUGCUCUGGAGCCAGAACGCAAAGGCCUAGGCGAAGAGAUUAAUGAAUCUCUCCUGAAUAUGAUGUGUCAAAUGAAAAUUCAUUUUGAGAAAAGCUUCAGUGAAGCUAUGAUGUAA